AUGAUUGUGGAAAAGCAGAGCCAGCUACAGCAUAUUGUGGAACGCGAAGGAAUUGAGCUUAGUCUCUUAUCUACGAGCAUACAUUUUGGAGAGAGCAGCAUGCAGAAAUGUGAAAUUAUGCUGAAUGAUCUUAUUGAUUCUAAGAGGACUAACGGCAAUAUUAAAGCAACCAUAACUCAGACAUCUCAAGCAGGUUCUGAGCUGGGCGAUAACGGGGUUUCCAUGGAUGUUUUUGAUGCAACAAUCAUCUCUUCAAAUUUCUGGCCCCAAAUCCAGGAUGAGUCCCCUAAUAUACCUGGACCUAUUGACCAACUACUAUCUGAUUAUGCAAAGAGGUUUAAUGAAAUCAAUACCCCUCGUAAACUACUAUGGAAGAAAAGUCUUGGUACGGUCAAGUUGGAGUUGCAAUUUGAAGAUAGAGCAGUGCAAUUCGUGGUUGCUCCUGUGCAUGCAGCAAUUAUAAUGCAAUUUCAAAAUCAGACAAGGGAAUUUCUUGCAGAAUCAUUUGGGGCAGACUCUGAAGACCACGUGUUUACACUAAUGGAAGGUAUGGUUGACAGUGGUAAAAAUGGUGGUACGAAUGGAAGCAUCGAGGAUCUUAUAGUUGCUGAUGAAGAGGGGGAGAGCUCUGUAGCCUCUGUGGAGGAUCAACUGCACAAGGAAAUGACUGUGUAUGAGAUGUUCUGCUUAGCCGAUCCUCCUUACGACAAAACUCUCCAACAGCUGCAAAGUUUCUUGACGGGUCUAGUUUCCGAAGAGAAGUUGGAACUAAGAGAUGGACUGUAUUUUUUGAAAAAGUAG